GAAACCCUAAUGGGCAACACUUUAGGAGGGAAAAAGAGUGCAAAAGUGAUGAAGAUAACCGGCGAGACGUUCAAGUUGAAGACUCCCGUCCAAGCCGGGGAGGUGGUGAAGGACUACCCGGGCCACGUCCUGUUAGAAUCAGAGGCAGUUAAGCAUUUUGGUGUUAGGGCAAUGCCAUUAGAGGCUCACCAAGAGCUCAAGCCCAAAAGGCUCUAUUUCUUGGUGGAGCUGCCAAAGUUUCCGGAGGAGAAGGCUCCAAGAAGAGUCCGGUCCGGGAUAAAUAUGAGCGCCAAGGACCGGCUCGAGAGCCUGAUGCUGUCUCGGAGAUCGGCUUCGGACCUCUCGGUCAUGAGACCGAGCGGCAUUGUGGUGGGGGAGUCGAAAGAGAGGGCGACGAGGGUGAAAAUGAGACUGCCGAAGGCGGAGGUGGCUAAGUUAAUGAUGCAGAGCAAAGACGAGGGCGAGGCAGCCGAGAAGAUUAUGGAGCUUUGUGUGGCGAAUAGGAGGGCGGCGGCGGCUGGGGGUGUGAGUGGUGGUGCACCACCCGAUGGUGGUGAGUUGGGCUCGUUGUUGCACCAACAAGUGCGUUGGAAGGCUGGUCAUGGAGGGGUUAGGGAUGGUUUUAAGGCGCGUGAGGUAUGUAAUUCUUUCUUGUGAGACACUCAUCCAAUUUUUGUGCCAUGUCUCGUGAGUUUGACUUUUUUUUUUGAGAAAAUUACAUAUAAAUGGAGUCAAAAUUUCAUAUUUACUUAGAGGCUGAGUCAAAGUUUCAUAUUUCUCUAAAAUGGAUUACUGAGGUGGCACAUAGUUUUUUACUGUUUAGAAAUUGUGGUGCCUAAAAUACCCUUCCGCGAAGGUAUUA